AUGCCGCUCAAACCAAUGCGCAAAGGCACGCGCAAUUGCUUGGCCUGCCGCCAUCGGAAAGUCCGCUGCACUUGGACCUUGAAACAGUCGUCGCAGUCGAACGCAUGUGAUCAGUGUGCGAGACGUAACAUCGCCUGUCGACCCCAGGGGGAGAGCCGGUCGUCCCCGCCGGGCUCUCCCCGGCCCUCCACCACCACCCCACAUGCGGAGGUGGAUUAUGGCGGUCCUACUGCGAUACCACCGCGGUCCUUUUUCAAGGCAUUGGACUCCCUUCAUCAGUGGCUCGCAUCGCCGCGAGCCGUCGUGGGGACUGAUCAUGCAGGAGCUACGGCGGGUCACGACUUGGUUCAGAGUAAUGAUGCCCCCGUUAUGAAGCUGUUCAAGGACCACAGGAUCGCUGGGCAAGCCGAUGCGGCACCGCACACGCAGCCCCCCCGCGCGAUCGACCGCCACUCUGAUGCGCGAGUCCGCGAACUCAUCCGGAGCAAUCUAUGCACAAUGGUAGCUGUGCUACCCACAGCCGCCGAGAUCGCCACCACUUUUCAAAUGCGGAGCGACUGGUGGGCGACCUGGCGCGCCUCCUUCGGGUUAGGAUGGGGCGACACCGAAGACAAAACCCUGGAGAGCUUUGCCACCCGCGCCGUGCGCUCGCGCAAUCCCUCGCUGCUUGGGAGUCUGCUGGUCUGCUUGGCACUAAGCACGGGCGAUCACGACCGCUAUCUAAAACCCGUCGAAUCCUGGAUCCUGUCCGAGAGCAGCUUCACUGGCCAUGUCUAUGAUUACCAAUGCAUGAUCGCCCUCGGGCUGUGUCUGCUCAGUGCCCUGCAACCAUGCCGGGCCUGGUCCGUCUUCCGGACGGCCAACACCCGCCUGCAGCUGGCCGGGCUUCACAAAACCCAUCGCAAAACCGAGGCCUACGACGCCGUCUUCUGGCAGAUCUUCGGUGCCGACCGCUGGAUCAGUCUGAUGAUCGGGCUCCCGUACUCGAUCCCCGACCAUCUGUGCGAUCUCCACAUCCCCGCCCCGACGGAGUCAUCCCACAUCCGGUACCAUUGGCGCCACUUAACUGUACUUACGGGGCGCGUGAUUGACAGCCUGCAGGCCCAACCGCCCGUGCCACUGUCUCAGCUGAUCGCCGUGGAAGAGCAGAUUGAUGCCGUCACCAGCAAGUUGCCCCUGGGCUACUUGGAUUUCCUGGAGAUUGCCGCCAGCCCGGACGGAUCGGACAAGAGCGCGCGGCUCUAUCGAUUGUCUCAUAUUCAUCAGCUCAAAGCGUUCUUGUACUUGCCGUAUUUCCUGCAGAGCCUGGAGACAACUACCACCACUACAAUGGCGGAGCCAGGCCACUGUGCCGCCUACGGGCGGACAACGUGUGCCCGCAGUGCGCGAGCAUUCCUGCAGGCGUUUGUAGCGCUGUACGACCUCGAUCCCCGGACCGCGCAGGUGGACAACAGCAUGAAACUGACCGCCUUUACCGCACUGGCCGCUGGCGUGGUGCUGUAUCUGAACCUUCCCUCCACCCAACGGUCCCCCGUCACACCAAGGCCCCCGCCGCCGAUGCCGGAGAACCUGGAAUCACCCACAGAGGCCGUCGAUUGGACACUGAUCCACCGCACCAUCGCCGUCCUGCAGGUCUGCGCCGAGGACAAGGCCCAUUCGCUGUGCGGCCAAUGUCAUAGAGCCCUGCGGGACCUGGUCGUUGGCGGUGGGACGUGCGACGAGGGUCAUCCGCGCAGGAUCACCGUCCCGUACUUUGGUGUCAUCACUAUCACACGCCGCCAACAUGGGGAUCCUUUCAUUCGUUUGAGCCAGGGACUGCCCGGGGAGGAGAAUGUGGUUCCUCCUGCACUUCCUCUCACCCCUUGUGGCAGUGACAACAAUAGUGGCAGCAAUCUCCCGCCACUCGCGCCGUUUGAGGGUAUUCCGUCAACGCUGCCGGUAUUCGACGAUAUCGCCUUCUCGUAUCACGGCCCAUGGGCGAGUCACCAGAUGGGUACAGACUGGCUGCAGUGGAACCUGGCGGGCGAUCUGUACCACUUCGGUCUUCACGCCGACGCCGCGUGGAGUGGCGAAGCGAGCCAGAUCCUCCGAUGAGAAUCACCUAGAUUUAGAACUUAUCCGGUGGCAUCUUCAUGCAUCGCCCAAAAUGGUGUGAGGAUGUCGCGCUUCACUCUCAGUGUCCAUCUCAUCAGUCAAUCUCCUGAUGGACAGCAUCUAGGCUUGCUACGCGACUGCAACUGAGCGGGUGUGUACUACUUGCAUACACUUUCAUCCCACGAGAGGUAGCAGUACACAGUACAUGGUACCGUGAAGAAGAGAGAGAGGUAGGGUUACUUGAUCAACUCUGAAUCAUUUAUGUAAGAGGCAUUUGUUCUCGAUUGAGCUCAAGCGAUAAUGGC